AUGUCUAACCAUCUCUUAAGCCAAAGCCACAGCCCCGGUAGUCCACCGCCUGUGCCGCCGCCGCCCGGCCUAAUGAACGAGCUAUUGGCGAGUAUAGGGGCGGCCAAUGGGGGCCGACUGUCACCGUCAACGAUGGCCCUGAUGUCGUCCCAGUUGCAAAUGCAACAACUGUUUCAGUCGCACCUACUCAGCCCUAAUCAGCUACAGUCGCUUAUCCAGCAACAGCUCCUACAUCACAAUAAGGACGCGGAGGCUCACCGGCCCCGGUAUCCGGCAAUGGCACCGGUGGUGGUUCGGUGGACAGUCGGCCAGUAA